CCACCUUAAUUUGGCUCUGCUUUGUUGUUGUGUGUCUGUUUCUUUGUUUCGACGUUAACAAAAAAUCUAAAUGAGAUUGUAAUUUACGCACUUCUAUCUAUUUAUUAUAAAGGUCGUCUGAAUGGCUGAAUGAAACUGUUUUCUACCAGCGGGCUGAUUUUGUGUGAUCUGUAACUCAUGGCCUCGCUAAAGAUGUCGCCAGGGUUGAGUAAGAUGUAGAUCCACGUGGAGACAUCAGGAAAAAUACAAGAACCUGACAGAAGCGAAAGGAGCUGCCAGCAGUGUGCAACACCGAAAAUCGUCCGACAAGCGGACCACAGCGCACGCUGCUUCGUCCUCUCUCGCGUUUUAGCCAAGUGAAAACAAAGUGCAGUGUUCGUGAAAGAUUUGAGUUUGAGGGUUUACUGGCCACGUUUUUUAAGUGACUGGAUAAAAAUGGAGAUAAUUCCUGCUUUGAAGGUGCCACAACGCUCUGCACAGCAAUACAGACGACAUUUGUUGGCAGAAGGUGUUUUAGACCUGCAGUACUGUGUACAAAAACACUCCAAUGGAACAGUGACUCUCCCAGUCCUGCCAUCCGCUCUACCGAACCUGGAUCUGCGUUCACUUCACAGCGCGGUGGCUCAGGACAGUCAGGACAGCAGCUCCUGUGAGAUAAUUAAUAUACAGAGUCCUCAGCUGUCAAAAAAAGCAAAAGUGAAGUCUUGUCGAGAGAGACUUGUACAGGCCGUGCAAACACUAGUGGUUACCAGUGGAGAAAAAUGGAGACAAGAACUAGACGAUGACCUCCCGAGAGGAUGGCAAAAGCAUGGUGAUCUGGUUCUGUUUAAUGAAGGAUGCUUUUCUCAUACAAUCUGGAGAGAGAUUGGAUCUGAACUGUGGUUGGCAGUUGCCCGAGCGCUGGGAGUGAAGCGUCUAGCACAGAUUUACCAGAUCUCCCAGGAUGAGUUUCGAACGCCAAUGGUAACAAUGCUGUUGGGGGACAGCAGCUAUGUCACACACAUCGAUAACCACAUCAGGUAUGAAUUUGAUGUCACCAAGUGCAUGUUCUCCUUUGGCAACAUCACAGAGAAACUGAGAAUAGCCUCCUUCAACUGCACUGGCGAGACGGUUGUUGACCUGUAUGCAGGUAUUGGCUACUUCACCCUGCCGUACCUGGUACAUGCAGGUGCCGCCCAUGUUCAUGCUUGUGAAUGGAAUCCAGAUGCAGUAGCAGCUCUGUGGCGAAACCUGCAGCUUAAUAAAGUAGCAGACCGCUGCACUGUGCAUGAAGGAGACAACAAACAACUCUCCCUGAGUGACCUAGCUGACAGAGUGAAUCUAGGUCUGAUACCCAGUUCUGAGGAGGGCUGGCCUGUGGCAUGCCGCCUCCUGAGGAAAGAUGUUGGCGGAACACUGCACAUCCACCAUAACAUCACCACACCUUUCCACCGCCGGGAGCUUGAAGAGUGUUCUGACUCACGGAGGGCAGCUUCUGUGGAAGAUGACAAAAGAGUUGUGACUGGAUCUCUAAAGAUCCUGAGCGACAGAGAAGUGUGGAAUGCCUGGGCCAAAGACACAGCCAGCCACAUAGGUACACUUCUGAAAGGCAUCACUGGAGACGACUGGAGGACCAACAUUCAGCAUGUAGAGCAUGUGAAGUCUUACGCGCCACAUAUCAACCACAUAGUGUUGGAUUUGGAGUGUAAACCACUUAAAUAAGUUGGCAGACAAUCUGCUUAUCUUUUCUUUGUAAUAAUAAAUGGACUUACUAUUUAA